AUGGGACCCUGGCUAGGGUGUAAGAUAAGGUGUAAGAAAUAUACACUUUUCGUAGCGGUGCGUAAAUUUCAGGGGCUGAGUGAAUACCAGAGAAACUUUCUGUGGAAAAAUUCAUAUUUGUCAGAGUCCUAUAAUCCUUCAGUGGGGAGAAGGUACCCAUGGGCUGGACUUAGAUCGGAUCAGUUAGGAAUCACAAAAGAGCCAAGUUUUAUUUCAAAAAGAAGAGUCCCUCAUCAUGACCCACAAGUUUCAAAAUCUCUUGAGUGGAAUGGAGCUACCUCAGAGAGUGAUGUUAUUGUAUCACCAAAACCUGAAGCUGCAGAAACAGCAGAAUUACAAGAAGCCGAACGAAAAGAUGUUAACCAAGAAAGAGUUCUUGCACUAGAAGCCCCCAGGGUUCCCAAAAGAACCAGAUCUCACUCUACAGACUCCAGAGCUGACCAGGCUUCAGAUAUUGUGGAAAAUAACGAGGAUGUAAUAGCAGAUCAUACACCUGUUAAUGAAAAUGAGGAACGAGAACAUUCUACCAAGCUGCUUUCAGAAAAUGUAGAUAAUGGGUUGAAUAGAGUUCUUCGGAAGAAAGCAGGACUGACUGUUGUCCCUUCACGUGAUAUCUUGAGAAAUUCUGAAUAUCAAAGGCAGUUUGUUUGGAAGACCCCUAAGGAAACCGCUCCAGUUUUUACAGCCAAUCAGGUUUUCCACAAUAAAAGCAAAUUUGUUCCACAAUUCAAAAGUAACUCAAUUAUCCAUGAAACUGAAUACAGAAGAAAUUUCAAGGGUUUAUCUCCAGUGAAAGAGCCAAAAUUAAGAAGUGAUUUGAAAGAGUAUGGAAAUUUUGAAACCGUAUCUCCUGAAAAGAAGUGUAAUAAAACAGAUGAUCCGUUAAAAUUAGAAGCAGAGAUGGAAUCAAAAGAGUCCAACCAGCCUAAAAAGAAGCUUACUCCUUGGAGACAUCAAAGGCUUGGGAAGGUGAAUUCUGAAUAUAGGGCAAAAUUUCUGAGCCCAGCCCAGUAUUUAUACAAAGCCGGGGCUUGGACCCGUGUGAAGGAAAACAUACCAGAUCAGGGUUCUCUAAAUGCCAUGUGGUAUGCAGAGGUUAAAGAACUCCGAGAGAAGGCUGAGUUUUAUAGGAAACGAGUUCAAGGAACACAUUUUUCUCGGGACCAUCUGAAUCAGCUUCUGUCCGAUACCAACUGCUGUUGGGAUGUCUCCUCAACCACGAGCUCAGAAGGAACCAUUAGCAGUAACAUUAGAGCUCUGGAUCUUGCCGGAGAUCCUACAAGCCAUAAAGCUUUGCAGAAAUGUCCCCCUACAACACUGGAGGAGAAAAGGCCUGUCUUGGAAGAGCAGCCACAGAAAAAUACCACAGAGAAACUGGGCGAGUCAGAUGCUCCCACCCUGCCCGUUAGAAGGCGCCUGGCGUGGGACACAGAGAACACCAGUGAAGACGCGCAGAAACAGCCCCUGGAGGAGGAGGAGGUGGAGGAGACAGAAAAGGACAAGCAGGUUCAUGCAGGAGAGCUGGAGACGGUGGAAGUACAGGAGACCUCUAAGGCAGACAAGAUAAAAGAAGGGUCAGAUUCUUCUUCUGUAUCGUCUGGAAAAGGAGGCAGGCUUCCUACUCCAAAGCUGAGAGAGCUUGGUGGAAUCCAAAGGACUCAUCACGAUCUCACCACUCCAGCUGUUGGUGGUGCUGUUCUAGUGUCUCCAUCAAAAGUGAGGCCUCUGGUCCCAGAACAGAGGAAAACAGUGUCCUCUCAGUAUGGCUUAGAAACUGCAAAGAAUGAUUUUAAGAAGAAAGAAAGUCGUGCGAUAGCCCUCCUGACUUCUCCAGCUGCUGGUAUAAAAACAGUUGAUCCCUUACCUUUGAGGGAAGAUUCUGAAAUCAAUAUCCCCAAACUUGCGGAGGCAGCUCUUCCAGUUUCAAAAAUUCCAGAAUAUCCAGCAAACACACGUGGGAAGUCUCCUUCUCCACCCUGUGCUCCAUCCUACUGGCAUCCCUCGCGUCGAAUUCAAGGCUCUCUCAGAGAUCCAGAAUUUCAGCAUAAUGCUUCCACUUUUACUGUUGUGGGAAAAACAAAGAUGAACAAUUUCCAGCUGCCUCAUCAUGGAGUCUUUAAUGAUGAAGAUGAAGACAGAUUAUCUGAGAUUUCUGCUCGCUCCGCAGCUUCUAGUCUCCGAGCUUUUCAAACUCUGGCACGAGCUCAGAAAAGGAAGGAGAAUUUCUGGGGCAAAACAUAAUUUACCAUAUAUAUGUUAGCUGAGUUGCCUAACAAUCUAGGAAACCAUUAGCAUAAUUUUUCUUUAUCACUUUACUCUGUUAAGACUUUUAAAGUAUUGGAUUUCCCCCCCAACAUUGCUGCUUAAAGAAUUGUUUGAGCUUUCAAUAACCAAUUCAGUUUACUUGGAAAAUUUUAACACUGGUUCAUACAAAUUCAACUUAAUUCUUUUGACACCUAUCCCAAAGCACAAAGACAUAGAUUUCUUCACAUGUUCUACCUUUUGUAUCAAGGGUAGCUGGUAAAACUGUAAAUGUUACGUAUCCAGAGGAUAUUCUAAAAAAUAAACAAGUGAAGUAAAAAUUGA